GUGGUCACUGUCUUUCAGAAGUCUUGGGUGCCGUGUGUGCGGGCGGCUGUGGUGCGGCGCCGGUUGAGCUUCAAAUCAGAACCGGGAUCGGUUUAUAGUGGAUUUUUCAGUCGGAACUACAAGAUUUGGCGGCGUGCCAAGAGACUUACUUAGCGGCUUAUCAAGAAGUACAGCACGAGCUAGUCAGAUUGCUGAUGCAACAUUCUUGAGUCAUGUCUCCACUUCUACUAUUCAGUCUCCUGGCGCUCUCCACCGUUCCUGGUGGCGACUCAGCAAACCUCAGCUUACAACGGUCGCCGCUAGAUGUCACUCAACUCUCAAGAGCCAAAGUCCGGACAAAACGCUCUUUAGUGGCCUCAAAUGUCAUUGACGAGCACGGCAAUCCUGUUUUUCUUCACUCCAACGGCGCCUCCGGCAAGCGCACCAUCGUCAACCCAUUUGUGUCGUCACGAAGAAAAGUGGCGUCACGUGACAGGCCGACACGCAGUCAAUCGUUUAGAACGCAGACUCAGAAACUACGCAGGAGGCAUUUGUCCGGUGUCCAAAGUCCUCGACAGACCCUACACGGCAGUCGCGGUUUCGCGACGGUACGUGGUAACCGAUACGACAUUCGCCCCGACCAGGGAGUCGUGCCGCAUAACCGCUGGCAGGUGCGCGCCAAUCACAAUCACCGAUACAACGCGGCAGCCAAUCAGCGUCGCCGGUACAGCGCGCCGGCCAAUCAGCGCGGCCGGUACAGCGCGCCGACCAAUCAUGUGAAUCGGCAGACGACACAGAGCCAGCAGCCUUGGCGCGUCGUGACCAAUCAGGAAACUUCAGGUUCACAGGGCCACCACGGUUCAGGGGGCGUCGGGGGCGCCGCCCACAGUUCCGGGGGCGCCAGCCACAGUUCCGGUGGCGCCACUCACAGUUCCGGGGGCGCCACUCACAGUUCCGGGGGCGCCGGCAGUACGGUAGCGUUUGUCACGAACGCCCCCACAACAGAGGCGCCCAUUCCGGACGAACAUCGAUCGGAGUAUGAACAUGGUCUGGAGCCGCAUAUGCCGCUGAACGCUGGAAAAAUGGCGACGUUUCUGAUCAAAAAGUCGACCCAGAGAAGGCCGUAUGUGGACCGCACCAAGGGGCUCGGCACACUGCACACCAGUCGUCGCGGUCAGUGCCCGGUGGUGGACCAGUCGCGGUGCCCCCCUCUGCCCAGCGGGCCCCUCCCCCCGUCCUGCAGUAACGACUACCAGUGUCGAGAGCCCACCACCAACUGCUGCUACGACCCCUGCCUCACAGUCAGCAAGUGCGUUCGGCCCGUCGGAAGGUGAAGAAAUUUGGCCCUUAUCGCCCUAUCGCCAGAAAGACAUUGUUUUGUAGAGGAGGGUAAUAUGUAUUGCUGUUGCAAAUAAUAUUCAGUGUUUUAUUUGGCAAGGUUUCUCUAGACUCUAGCCAUUCGAAAGUGAGGCCUUGCGCGAUAUUAAAGCCUCAUUUAAGACGAAACCGUUAAGUUUUACAAAUAAAUCGAUGAAGUAAUUUAUCGCUCACGAUUAGUGUGAUGUUAGAAAU